GACCGAUCUAUCUUGAGUCGAGAGUCUGGAGUCACGUUGAUCGCAUGCCAAAUACACAGCCGCAAAGAGUCAACAAAAGCUAGCCAUGGCCAAGAACACCCAUAUCGCUGCAGCUGUCGCACUGCUACUGCUGGCCCUCUGCACUUUCAUUCAGGCGGCGCCCUAUCAGGAGCUGGAGCCCCGCAAAGGUCAUGUGCCCGUCUACAUUCGCCACGGUAAUGAACCUUUGAGCGAAAUCCAUCCCGGUCUGGCCGAGGCCUUUAAGGAGGGUCAGUCCAAGGCACUCGUGGCCGAGAGCCUGGUCACCGAGAUCCCCGAAGCGGAAACUUCACGCCCAGCAAGCGGUGACGCCCCAUCCACAACACUUGCGCCUUCCAAUGAGAAGAGCUCCACAGAGUCGGAUAUAGCCAGCUUUAAGACCAUCAAAGCAACGGAACCGGCAAUGGAGUAAUGCAAUUGAAUAAAUACAAAAUUGUUGCUAAACUUCUUUAGUUUACAAGUUAAUUCCAUCAAAUAAAACCCCAUAGACAAGGCGUA